GGCCGACGACAAGCACUCAACCUCCACGACCACCCAACGACCCUUGUCCGCUGCGUUUCUGGUGAAGGGCUGCAGGAUUCGAGGUGAGUACCCUUUCCUGUUGUCUGCCCUACGAUGUUUCCCUGCAAUUUCUCUCCCUGUCGAGGAUGGGUUCGGUUGCCGUGGAGUUCAGCUGUUGGAUGCGAAGAUCGGACGGGGAACCACCAAUCUUUGAUGCAUGCUCCAUUCGACGAAUUUGAGUACAGACGAGAAUAAGAGGAGGACCGAGGAUGACAGGGAGAGAAUACUGGCUUCAACCCAAUGCUACGAAUUCAUAUCUACCAACCCGAUCCAGAAAAAAAAAAAACUAACCCAUUACGAAUCGCAAUCUACAGUCCCCUCCAUCAACCGCAAACAUGGGUAUUUCACGCGACUCCCGCCACAAGCGUUCAGCAACCGGUGCGAAGAGGGCCUUCUACCGUAAGAAGAGGGCCUUCGAGAAGGGUCGCCAGCCCGCCAACACCCGUAUUGGCACCAAGAGAAUUCACCUGGUCCGCACCCGCGGUGGUAACCGCAAGUUCCGUGCCCUCCGUCUCGACUCGGGUAACUUCUCAUGGGGAUCUGAGGGAGUGUCCCGCAAGACCCGUGUCAUCGUUGUGGCCUACCACCCGUCUAACAACGAACUGGUCCGCACAAACACCCUCACCAAGUCGGCCGUCGUCCAGAUUGACGCCGCUCCUUUCAGACAAUGGUAUGAGGCCCACUACGGUCAGCCCAUCGGCCGGAGACGCCAGGCCAAGACCGAGACCACCGAGGAGAAGAAGAGCAACAGCGUUGUGAAGAAGCAGGCUGCUCGCUUCGCCGACCACGGCAAGGUCGAGUCCGCCAUCGAGAGACAGUUUGAGUCUGGUCGUCUGUACGCCGUCGUUGCCUCUCGCCCUGGCCAGAGCGGUCGCGUUGAUGGAUACAUUCUGGAGGGCGAGGAGCUUGCUUUCUACCAGCGUGCUAUUAGGAAGUAAAAAAUAUUAUCAGGGUUGUUGUACAAGGGUGGUAAUCGGAGUUUUUUUCAGCACGUUACUUUUAACCAGAAAACUUUUAUGAUCUGGGCAUCCAUGGGUGCAAUGUCUGUAGAGCUCUGAGCUAUCAGAUUCAAUGGGAAAUGAUCCUCUUAUG